AUGAAUUUAAAAUGGCAACGGACGUCUCUGGUCUAUUUCAUAAACAGAAAUUAUGACUCGUAUUAUCUGAAGAUAAAUAACGAAACUGUGCAUUGGACGUUUUUCGGCUUGGCACCUAUUUCAAAGUUUUUUGCUACAUGUUAUUUUCUGUCAGUAUCUGAUGCAGUUUGUAAUCUUAGCUUUGCUUUCACCUACUGCUGCCAAUUUGGCGCUUUUUGUACCAAGUCGGUGUUAAUGCUAUCAAUGCUGAGUAGAUGGAUGAUACACUACCCAAUUCCACUUUCAUGGGUAAAUUUAGGGGUUUUCCUCAAAGUCAUAAGAAAUAAGAUGGAGUCGGACAACGAUAUAAACAGCCACUAUAACAAUGUAUGUGAUUCAUUUGAUAGUAUGAAUUUAAAAGAAAAUCUUUUACGUGGAAUUUUUGCAUAUGGUUUUGAAAAACCUUCUGCAAUACAACAAAGAGCCAUAAUUCCGUCAAUUGAAGGACGUAAUGUUAUAGCUCAAGCUCAGUCGGGUACCGGGAAAACGGCCACAUUUAGUAUUGCCAUUUUACAACAAAUCUGCACGAAUGAUCCACGUUGUCAAGCUUUAGUACUGGUUCCAACUAGGGAAUUAGCGAAACAAAUUCAAAUGGUUGUUCUAGCACUUGGUGAUUAUAUGAAUAUUAGUUGUCAUGUUUGCAUCGGUGGUACACAAGUAUCAACUGAUAUCGAACAGUUAAAGUUAGGUCAACAAAUUGUAGUUGGUACACCUGGACGUGUUUUCGACAUGAUUAGUCGUGGUUAUUUACGUACAAAGACAAUUAAAUGUUUUGUAUUGGAUGAAGCGGAUGAAAUGCUUAGUUUAGGAUUUAAAGAUCAAAUUCAAGAUAUAUUCCGAUCACUUGAUCCAGCUGUUCAAAUUAUUUUAUUGUCAGCAACAAUUCCUGACGAAGUAUUAGAAAUAUCAAAACAAUUUAUGCGUAAUCCAGUACGUAUUUUAUUAAAACAAGAAGAAUUAACAUUAGAUGGUAUACGUCAAUUUUAUGUUAAUGUUGAACAAGAAGAAUGGAAAUUAGAAACACUAUGUGAUUUAUAUCAAUCAAUUACAAUAACACAAGCAGUAAUAUUUUGUAAUUCACGCAGAAAAGUUGAAUGGUUAACAAACGAAUUAAUUGAACGUGAUUUUAUUGUAUCAGCAAUGCAUGGUGAAAUGGAACAAAUAGAACGUGAUAAUAUUAUGACAGCAUUUCGAAGUGGUUCAAGUCGUAUUUUAAUAUCUACUGAUCUAUUAUCACGUGGUAUUGAUGUACAACAAAUUUCAUUGGUAAUUAAUUUUGAUUUACCAACAAAUUUAGAAAGUUAUAUACAUCGUAUUGGUCGUGGAGGUCGUUUUGGUCGUAAAGGUGUUGCUAUCAAUUUUGUUACAUUAGCUGAUGAACGUUUAUUAAAAGAUUUAGAAAAAUUCUAUAGUACAAAAAUUAGUGAACUUCCAAUGAAUGUAGCUAAUUUAUUUUAG